AACAAGGAGAUUGAUCUUGUUCUAAAAAAGUUGUUCUCAUCGUCCCCUUACAACUACAAGCAGACAAAACAAACUCAUUUCAACAGCAUCGUCAGUAAGAACUUCUCUAAACCGAACUCGUGGAAUUUUGGGGGAAAACCGUCGUAGGUUGAAAAUUUUUGGACAGCUGCAUAUUUUUAACUCUUUUUUUCGGAAAGGGGAAGUUGUUUCCUGUACCACAAGCAUUAUUAAAGCAUACUUGCUUCCAUCUCUGCAAGAAAGACGGUCUGAGUAAUGCUUAGGAACAGAGCCUCUUAGCGGAUGCAAAGAAAGCGUCACCGACAACAACCGUGACCAUCCUUUGUGACUGACGCCUCCCGGACCCCUCUGCCGGGAGAAAACACUUUCCACGAAUUUUGAGAGAAUGUGAAACGCCGCUGACCUUCUCUGCAAGUUUUUAGGGGAUCUAGCUCGCGAGCAAACUAUUUGGAAAAAAAAGAUGGCGAGUGCUUUGAUUAACGUGUCUCUUGCCCUGGUUUUGCUUGGAUUUUUGAUGUGCACGUUCCCCUCUGUCAAGGCAGAGCCGGGGGAACAAGAAGAAGAACAGGAACGGUCUUGUCAAGGUGCAUUCGACUUGUACUUUGUCCUCGACAAGUCUGGAAGUGUCAAAAACCAUUGGAUAGAGAUCUACUCUUUUGUUGAACAUCUGGCUGAGAAGUUUAUUAGUCCAAUGUUGAGAAUGUCCUUCAUUGUGUUUUCGUCUCGAGGUAACACAAUAAUGAAACUGACGGAGAACAGGGAUGAAAUAAGAAAAGGACUCAGUGUUUUGAGACGGGAGAUACCAGGGGGAGAUACCUUCAUGCAUCUGGGGUUGGAAAAGGCAAAUGAGCAAAUAUAUAGAGAAAAUUUUGGGACAGCCAGUGUCAUCAUUGCAUUGACCGAUGGAGAGCUGAACGAACAUCAGCUCAUAGCAGCACAACAAGAGGCAAGGAGAGCUAGAUCCUUAGGGGCCAUUGUGUACUGCGUGGGAGUGAAAGACUUCAAUGAGACACAGCUGGCCACUAUUGCUGACACCAUCGAGCAUGUGUUUCCUGUGAUCGGUGGAUUCCAGGCCUUAAGAGGGAUGAUCGAUUCGAUCAUAAAGAAAUCCUGCAUUGAGAUUUUAGCGGCUGAACCCUCCAGUGUCUGUGCGGGAGAGUCAUUUCAAGUGGUGGUGAGGGGCAACGGGUUUUUGCACGCCAGGAACAUCGACCAGGUCCUGUGUAGCUUCAAGGUGAACGACACAGUCACAAUAAAUAAAAAACCUGCUGACAUUGAAGACACAUACUUACUAUGCCCAGCGCCAGUCAUAGAGGAGGUUGGAAAGGUGGUCUACCUGCAAGUGAGCAUGAAUGAGGGCCUGUCCUUCAUCACCAGCUCUGUCCACAUCACCAGCACCGAGUGUUUCGAUGGCACCAUCCUCCUCAUCACACUGCUGGUUCUCUUUCUCCUGCUGGCCCUCCUGUUCAUGUGGUGGUUCUGGCCUCUGUGCUGCACUGUGGUGAUCAAAGAGCCCCCUCCACCCCCUCCACCGGAACCAGAAUCGGACGAUGAGGACGGCUUGCCCAAAAAGAAGUGGCCCACAGUAGAUGCAUCCUACUACGGAGGGCGAGGAGUUGGGGGCAUCAAGAGAAUGGAGGUACGCUGGGGAGGAAAGGGUUCCACUGAGGAGGGAGCCAAGCUGGAAAAGCCCAAGAACGCUGUGGUCAAGAUGCCUGAGCAGGAGUUUGAACCAUUCGAGCCCAAGCCCAAGAAGUCUGAAAGCAGGAAGAAGGCCCAGAACAGGAAGUGGUACACGCCCAUCCAGGGGAAACUGGAUGCCCUGUGGGCCCUGUUUCGGCGUGGGUACGACCAGGUGUCCCUCAUGAGGCCCAAGCCUGGAGAUCAGGGUCGGUGCAUUAACUUCACCCGGGUGAAGGAGGAGGCAGCACGGGCUCCACCCCCCCGCACCAACUCUCCCCCACCCCCGCCCGUCUACCGGCCACUGAUCCAGAAGCCCACUGUGCCCCCUCCACAGAGCUGUCCGCCCUCUCGAGGAGUCUCCACUAGCCCACCGCCUCAUGGACCCCCACCUGCCCGCAUCCCACCGGGCCCCCCGGUCCCCCCUCCCUCUCGCCCCCCGCCCUGCCUCGAGCAGAGGCCGUGAGAGCCAAAACAGCCCCCCACCGCAAUGAGUGAAUAGUAGGCUUCCCCAAAAAAAGAAAAAAAAUCUUUCACACCAAAAAAAAAAAACAAUAGUAUUUAUUGAAAUUGGGGUUCCAUUGAAGAGUUUUGCGGUUUGUUGCUGGACAGCAAAAAAAUACAAAAAAUAAAAAAGCAAAAAAAAAAAGAAAUAAUUACCAUUUCAAAAGGACAUGAAAGCAACUACUGAGCGUCCCCAAAAAGUGGCAGCGAAUUGUAUUUCAGGGGUGGGGAUUGUCCUCCUGGCUUUCCUCGCAGUUAAGUUUAGGUGUAGCGUGUACUAUAGUGUAGUACUGUUUUCGCUUCUGCUGACAGUCAGCCAACAAAUAGCAGCAAAGGGCUCAAUUCCCUCAUACUAAAGAUGACAAGAGAGGAGUCUACUGUCUGCCUGAACAAAGGGGCAUCUAAAAGCAGUCAUUCUGAACUACUUCUUAUAUGAAAUUGGCAGUAGGGUGUGGGGACAUCCAUCAGAAAAUCAAAGUGACCCAGACAGCAGGUGUAGAACCAUUCGGCGACAUCUUUAAGGUAGAGUCGUUCUCUGUAAUUUGGUCCUUUUUGGCUCGUCAGACCAAUCCGAUGCUAAGUUAAAGCCGAGGGCGUGGAACACCCAGCAGCUGCCAGGAUGCGCCUGCCAGCUGGUGGUGUUAGCCUUGUCCAGAUUUGAUCUGUGUGCAGCUUUUAGCUGCAGGCUAGCUGCCUUCAUCUUUAAGCCUUUAAGCAUACACUCAUACAGUAAAGCAGUUUUCUGUCUCCUACCUUGUUUAAUACUCUCAGGUUAGUUUUUGACCUUACGCUAAAAAAGGGCACAGAACACCACAGCUAUUAUGAAAUGUCACCGAGAAUCAAGGCCCGUGUAAGUAAAGAUUGUAUAGAGGAAAUGUAUGUACAGUAAUUGUGAAAUUUCACAGUUUUAAAGAAUGUUUUGGCUGCGAUGUAUGAGGCUUUAGGUAUACCCUGAAAAAAGGAAGCAAGUUUAAAAUGAAUAACUUGUUGGGUGAAUUUUUUUUUUAAGAGAAGUAGAAAGUUACGGAACAAAGACUACAUUUUGCAAACUGAAUGCAGUAGCUAUGGGUUAAUGUGAUUGUUUGUUUGUUUGUUUGUUUUUGUAACGUGAACCCCCCCCCCCAACUUUAACUCACAGAUGGUCAGGUCAGUGUCUCUCAAAACAUAUUUCUGGUAUUCCACAACUGUGCUAUAUUUUAAUGUGUAUGGGUUUCUUUUUUUUACAAAUUGAUUCAGCAAACACAUUGCAACUGCAGGGCAGUUCACAGCUUCUAAUUUAUUAACCCAAAGUCACCAGAAAGGUACUUGAAUAUGACAAGGUGUCCUCUGGUAUUACAGGACACUAUGCAUGUGAUGACCAAAAAAAUUCCAUUUAACCUCAGUUACCAAAAACAGUGCCUUCUAGAUGUUUUCUACCUUGAUUUUUUUUAUACCUUUGUUUUUUUUUUGUAAUUUACUUUACUUCAAUUAUGUGGAUUUUGUUAUAUUUUUUGUGUUACAUCCUAGCACUGUUCAGCUCUAUGGGAUCACAGAAAGGGGUUUGCAUGCAUUUAUUUUCCCUCUCGCAUUGUUCUCUGACUGGUACAGUCAACACAAAUACAACUCUAUGGUAUCUAAACUGUAUGUACGUUCCACCUAUAGUGCCAAUGAUGGUUUCUUUCGUUUGUGUAAGCAGGUAAUGGGUUUGGAGUAAUACCCCACUGGGUCAAUGGGAUGGUGCAGUUAAAGGCACAGUGCAUUUUAUAUAAACCUUUUGUAUUAACUAGUUCCUUGUACCUGUCUCUAUUUGUUUGAUUCAAGGUGAUUAACAAGAGGUUGUUUGGAGCUGUAACGCCCAGAAAUCUCCAGAAAUCCUCUGCUGGUAUGCUAAAGAAACAUUUGCUAUAAUUUUACAUGUAUUAACAACAGUACUGCAAGAAACAUGGAAAUACAUAUUUAGUUUCUCUUUGUUCAUGAAUUGAUUUUUUUCCUCACAGUACUAAUAAAGUUUAAGU